UAAAUCCCCAACCCUUUCUUGUUUCGGCAAAUCCGUUGCCCCUUACCCCCACCCCCCUGUGAUUCUUCCAAUUUACCCUAACCACAACCAUGGCGGACGACGAUCUCGCCACCGAGAGCGCGAAUUCGCCGGGAGGUGGCGCGAGCGGGAGGGUUCGCACGGGUCGACUCCCCGCCGAGCAAGGCGAGAGGAUCGCCGCGCUCGUCCGGGAACUGCGCGGCGGCCGCAACCACGUCGCCGUGGAGACCUCCACCGCGAGCUACGCGGGCCUGGACAGCGGCAGCGCGGCUCACGACGCCGCCGCGCUCGUCCGGGAACUGCGCGGCGGCCGCAACGACGUCGCCGUCGAGUCCUACGCCGCGAGCUACGCGGGUCUGGACAGCGGGACCGCGGCUCACGACGCCACCGCGCUCGUCCGGGAACUGCGCAGCGGCCGCAACGACGUCGCCGUCGAGGCCUCCGCCGCGAGCUACGCGGGUCUGGACAGCAGCACCGCGGCUCACGACGCCGUGGUCGGAACCCCCGUGGCAAUCGUCUCCGCUGCGACACCUAGCGUCGCGAACUGUGACGUUCCCGUCGGCGGCCAGAAGGACGCCGAGCAGGCUCAGGGAGCUGGCGCGAGCGGGAGGAUGUGCACCCUCCCCGACCUACCGGACAGCGGGCUCCGUCGCGUGGCGGAUCGACUUCCCGCCGAGGAAGGCGAGAGGUUCGCCGCGCUCGUCCGCGAAUUGCGCGGCGGCCCCAACCACGUCGCCGUGGAGUUCUCCGCCGCCACCUACGCGUGGCUGUACAACAGAACCGCGGCUCACGACGCCGUGGUCGGGAUCCCCACCGAGCACUACUCUGCUUCGCCCCCUGGCGUUUCCCGCUCCGCGGGGAAGGUCGCGCAAGACGUCCCCGGCAGCAAUUCGAAGGAGGACGAGGGGGACGGGAUAGAUCGGCUCAGCGAUCUCCCUAACGACAUCAUCUCCGACAUCGUUGCACGCCUCCCGCUCAAGGAGGCUGUUCGUACCCACGUUCUGUCAAGGCGCUGGCUCUCACUUCCGGCCUUGCCACCGCGCCGGUCGCUCGCCGAUGUCCUGUUUGCUGACAUGGAGCUCACCGACAGCGACGGCGACGAGGACGCCAUCACAAUCGGCGUUACUCUUGACCAGGCGGAUCGAUUCACUGAACUUCCCGAUCAUAUCAUCUGCUCGAUACUAUGCCGUGUGCCUCUGGUGGAUGCUAUCCGGACAUGUGUGCUUGGGAGGCGAUGGCGCGAGGUAUGGACAUGCUUACCUUGUCUCACUUUGGAUGACAUGGCCGUGGGAGAUGCGGGCGUGAUGAGGUUCCUCGAUUUUGUCGACGGAGUGCUGGCGAGAUCCACGGACAUGAAGAUACAGCGACUCAUCCUGAACGUAACCGACCCCGACAACGUCGACGGCGCCCGGCUCGCGGCAUGGAGUGCCCAAGCCGCGGAGAGCGUUAGAGGUCCGGUCUUCUUCAAGCUUGAUAUCAGCGCCGACUUCUUGCAAGGCGAGACAGUGUUUGAGAUGCCCAAUCAGGCACUAGCAGACUCUAUCACUGUCUUCAUAUCACAUCCGGAGGAGAUCGCUUUCAGGGUACGCCUCACCGCUAAUGGUCAGUUUGCUUCAUUGACUCGCCUGGUUCUCGUUGGGACAAGAUUCAAGGCUGAUGAUAAUGGGAGGUCGAUUAGUGACAUUGUGUCCAAGGACUGCCCAGUGCUCAACAGCCUUCGAUUGGAGGACGUCAGAGGUGUUUUCUUGCUUCACCUCGACUCAGCUUCCCUGAUAGACCUAAGAGCAGUGUUGGUGAGUGAUCUUACCGGAGUGGAGCUUACAACCCAAAGCCUCAACAGAAUCCAUUUUGCUUACUGCUUUGUUGGCAAAGAAGCCACAACACUAACGGUCUCUAAGCAUAACCUUAAGGAAGUGGUCUGGAAUGACACUUGGCCUGUUCACAGUCACUUUGGCGCAGUAGAGAUGCUGGAAAAGCUCAUGGUCUAUCGCCAGAACAACCCACAAAACCUGAAGAGGGUCAUUUCCCAGUUCAGUUUGACAAGUGUCAAGACACUUUGUGUUAGUGUUUCCACAGAUGAGGAUAUGCAGGAAGUGAAGACCGAGGUUCAGUCUAUGAGGAUACCGCGAUACUGUGUGCUUGUGAUUCAGCUGUCGGAGAAUGAAGAGGGCCAGUGAGGGUAGAUUCAACUGUCCGAGAAUUACAACUGACAUGCUAAGAGGGUCUGUCUUGAGAUGUUUGUACCCGGCGAACAAAACCCUGUCAGGGUUUCUGUAGAUAUGUUUCAGCACACUGUUUUCAUAGCAACAAUAGGAAAUGCAUUUGUUGGUAGGAAAUAACUGUUUUCGGGGAAGACAUGAAUUCAUUGCGUCUGUACCUCAAAGUGGUUCAGAUAUACACAACUGUUCUGUAUUUUGUUGGAAUCAUACUGUGAUGCAAAACCAAUGAAGCAGAUUGGAAUGAAACCAGAUUUUGCUGCUC